AUUUGGCGCAGUCCAAAGUGACCCAGCACGAAUCUAGGAGCUUCCACGUGGGAAUGACGAGGCAGGCUGCGGCUGCCGCGACGACCGACGGCGAUGCUCCGACGGCCCGCUUCAAAAGAACCGCGCGGAGGUACCGUAGAACCGCUAGAGUCGGAAAGGGCAGGCCUCCGAAAUCCGUCGAGCAGCCCGAGGCGGCGCGCAUGGUGGGUGGAUUUUCCCCUCUUUCGAAGCCGGGCGCUAUCUUGCACCAGAAUUUCUUCCUAAUCGAUUCGCUCGAGCUAGCGCCUCGCUUGCUCGGCAAGUUCCUCCGCCGAGACGAUGUCAUUCUCCAGAUCACCGAGGUGGAAGCAUAUAGGCCCAACGAUUCGGCAUGCCACGGUCGCUUUGGCAUCACUUCGAGAACUGCUCCUGUAUUUGGACCAGGAGGGCAUGCAUAUGUAUAUCUGUGCUAUGGACUCCAUAUGAUGCUCAAUGUUGUUGCAGAUAAGGAGGGAGUUGGUGCUGCAGUCUUGAUUCGCUCAUGUGCGCCUAUUAAUGGUCUGGAGACCAUACAAGAACGUCGAGGCCAGAACACUGAGAAACCUGUCCUGUUAACAGGGCCUGGAAAGGUUGGUCAGGCACUAGGGUUAACCACUGCUUGGUCAAACCAUUCCCUUUACAGCCCUGGAGGAUUAGAAUUAUUAGAUGGUCCUCUGCCUGAGAAGAUACUGGUUGGACCUCGUGUGGGCAUUGAGUAUGCAUUGCCUGAGCAUGCUACUGCACCAUGGAGGUUUGCUAUUGCUGGUACUCCCUGGAUAAGUGCUCCGAAAAGUACACUUCGUCCUACAUAAAUUGCAAUUUUAUUGGAAUGGUAUACACCGCUGUGUAUUAUAGAAGAAACAAAAAAACUGAUGGAAACCUGUUUGACGUUUUUAAGUACACACUUCAAACUAUUCAAGAAAUCGUCGAGUGAUUUUGCAAUUGGCAUCUUUAUGAUCUUUAUUGUAAUUAGUUUGUCAUUAUUAUCCAUUUUAAACUUAUUUAA